AUGGUCGAGCUCUCGCCGGGCGCCAGCGUUGCGCUUGGCGUCGUCGUCGGCCUCCUGUCCACCAGCAUCCAGAGCGUCGGCCUGACGCUGCAGCGCAAGUCGCACCUGCUCGAGGAGGAAAAGGAGGACGACUAUGACCGCCGCCCGCCCUACAAGCGCCGCCGCUGGCAGCUGGGCAUGCUCAUGUUCAUCGUCGCCAACGUCGUCGGCAGCACCAUCCAGAUCACCACCCUGCCGCUGCCCGUCCUCUCCACCCUGCAGGCCUCGGGCCUCGUCUUCAACUCGAUAUGCGCCUCCAUCAUCCUCCACGAGCCCUUCACCCGCUACUCCUUGAUCGGCACCGUGCUCGUCGCCGCCGGGGCCCUCCUCAUCGCCCUCUUCGGCGCCAUCGCCGAGCCCUCGCACAACCUCGACCAGUUGCUGGCCCUCCUCGCCCGCCGCCACUUCAUCAUGUGGAUGGUGGCGACCGCCCUCAUCGUCGUCUUCCUGCUGGCCGCCAAUGCCACCCUCUACCGCAUCUACCCGCGCGCCACCCCCCGUCUGCGUCUGAUUCGAGGCUUGUUCUACGGCUGCGUCAGCGGCAUCCUCUCCGCCCACUCGCUGUUGAUUGCAAAGAGCGCCGUGGAGCUGCUGGUGCGCACCAUUGUCGAUCGCCACAACCAGUUCGAUCGCUGGCAGUCCUGGAUGAUCCUGAUAGGACUCGUCGCCUUCGCCCUGACCCAACUCUACUACAUGCACUGUGGACUGAAGCUCGUCAGCACGAGCGUGCUGUACCCUCUCGUUUUUUGUGUCUACAACAUCAUCGCCAUCAUAGACGGCCUGAUCUACUUCCAUCAGAGCGAACGACUAUCGAGUCUGCAUGCCGGCCUGAUUGCCCUGGGCACGGUGGUACUCCUGGCAGGCGUCGUGUGCCUGAGCUGGAGGCUGGAAGAGAACGAAGAAGAACCUACGUCGCCUGUUUCGACAAAGCACCCCGGGCACGUUCCCAUGCCGCAAUCCUCCCUCGAGCCUGGUCUGGGUCUCUUACACGCUCACAUAGUGGACGAGCCAGAUGCUCCGUUGGACAUUGAACAAGCGACGCCAGGCAUCCAUGGAUCGGCGAUGGAGCAAGCAAAGCGCAGGUCUGUCGACGAAAGGACACCAUUGCUAGCACGAGCAACAACCGGACCUGCACACACCGCAACAUCUCGAUCGAAACAGAGCCCGGCAUCGGAAGCGAACAUGCGCAGCCCACGACCGAGCCCCAGACUGCCACGGAGACGAAGGAUGACCCUCUCUGAGGAGACGAACGAGAUCUGGGACGAGUUGAACGACAGAGAUUCGUUACCAUCACCAAUCCGCCGGUCAGUCGAGUCAGAUCGUCGCCCACGAGCAGGCACACUCCCUCGACAAAGACAAAACACACAAUCAGCAUGGCUGGACCAGAUGCGGCGGCGCUCUUGGUUCGAUGGUAUUAGCGCAGGCUCACAACGGAGUCGCAGUGCAUCGCAGAGCAAGAAGCGAGCGGACAGCUCCUCCGCACUUCUUGACCACCCUGAUCCAGAAGACGACGACCACUCUGACUCAGACCUCGUCACGCAUAGGAGCGGUACCUGGGGGUUUGGAGGAGGGACGCGCAGCACACACGAUGGGCCUGGUGAUUGGCUGAAGCUGCGAUGGUGGAGGAAGCGGUUGCAGGGUGAGACGGACGACGAGUACGAAACUUCCAGGAGUAGAGGUGCAUGA